CGUUUACAGCGAAAUAGUCAACCUUACUCGGUCGAUAAAUUAUUUUGAUUCAUCACCUGUGUUGAAGAAAAAGAAACUGGAUGAUCAUCUGAAGAAGAACUAUAAGAGCAUCAAAUCAGAAAUUAUUCCAGCCAAAAGAAAAAGUUGUGAUACGGUCUAAAAAGCAUUUUAAAUAUUUUUGUGAAGAAGUAAACUAUUACUUGUAUGAACUAUGGAAAUGAACUAAAGAGAAAACCAUGAAUAAUUCUGUUCAACCCAAGUUUUACACUGUAGAGGUUGGCGACUCUACAUUUACAAUACUUGACAGAUACCAUAGCCUGAAACCAAUAGGAUCUGGAGCACAAGGAAUUGUGUGUGCUGCUUGUGAUACUGUCACUCAGACAAAUGUUGCCAUAAAGAAACUGAGCCGACCCUUCCAAAAUGUAACUCAUGCCAAGAGAGCAUACAGAGAGUUUGUCCUCAUGGAUUUAGUUAACCAUAAGAAUAUUAUUGGUUUGUUAAAUGUUUUCACACCUCAAAAGUCAUUAGAAGAAUUCCAAGAUGUAUAUCUUGUGAUGGAAUUAAUGGAUGCCAAUUUGUGCCAAGUGAUUAACAUGGACCUAGACCAUGAUAGAAUGUCCUACUUGUUGUACCAGAUACUGUGUGGUAUCAAACAUCUUCAUUCUGCUGGUAUUAUUCAUAGGGACUUAAAACCAAGUAAUAUUGUUGUGAAGUCAGACUGUACAUUAAAGAUACUGGACUUUGGACUAGCAAGGACACAAGGGACAGGUUUUAUGAUGACUCCUUAUGUAGUCACAAGAUAUUAUAGGGCACCUGAAGUCAUUUUAGGCAUGGGAUACAAAGAAAAUGUUGAUAUAUGGAGUGUAGGUUGUAUAAUGGCAGAACUGAUCAGAGGAGCUGUCAUGUUUCCAGGAAGUGAUCAUAUUGAUCAGUGGAAUAAAAUUAUUGAACAAUUAGGGACACCUUCUAAGGAAUUUAUGCAACGAUUGCAACCUACAGUUAGGAACUAUGUAGAAAACCGGCCACGAUAUGCAGGGUAUAACUUUGAUAGACUUUUCCCUGAUGUGAUAUUUCCACAAGACAGUACUGAACAUCCAGGUUUACGGGCGAGUAUGGCAAGAGAUUUAUUAUCCAAAAUGCUUGUUGUGGAUCCUGAAAAGAGAAUUUCUGUUGAUGAAGCUUUAAUGCAUCCUUAUAUACAUGUAUGGUAUGAUGAAAGUGAGGUCAAUGGGGUGAGUGUCCAUGUCGGUGAAGCUCAUGCGCCUGCGCCACAACCAUACGAUCAUACAGUUGAUGAACAAGAGCACACAGUCGAUGAAUGGAAAGACUUGAUUUACAAUGCUGUCAUUACAUAUGGUAAAAAGGAAAAGAAAAAAUCAGCUAUGCAAAACGCAGGAGCUCCAAACAACGAUGACAUGAUGACAGAUGGAGCCACAAACUCUAGUCAAAACCGAUGUCGAUAAUUAAUGUGUAUUAUUAGUUUAUAAUUUAUUCAUUGUUUGUUCAGAUUUAAUUCUGUAUUCAUGAAAUAACAAAACACACAUGUUAACAUUUUUGGGUAUUUUUCUGUACAGAAUAUCAUGUCAUAUAUAAACUAAUGAAUUUUUCCAAAGAAACAGUUUUAAAGUUUGACUGUCAUGCAAAAAAAUACUUUUCUUCCAUUACGUUUUUACAGCUAUGUAUUUUGUUUCUUUUUAACAUCUGUCUAUAAAACCUUAAAUAUAUAUGAAUGUAAAAAAAAAUGUAUUAUUUUUUCUGCUAGUUAAAAGUGCUUAUAUUGAUGUCAUGCAAGAAAUUCUAUCAAAGAUUUAUAUGAAGAAACCAGCUUUUAACCAUUAGUUUGUUCAUUUGCAAUCAAUAAAAUGUGUUUUAAAAAGGAGUGUUUUAUUUUUGGAAUUCAAAGGUUUUUGAAAUUAUUUGUGUUUGUAUAGCUUGUUUAAAUAACUAUAUUUGUCUAUAUCUGUACUGACUAGAACUUGAUAAUUUCAAGCAUUAAUUUCAUGAUUGAUGUUCCAGCUGUAUUUUGCAUAUGCAUGAUGCAGUAUGAAAAUUCUAAUUUUUAGUCAGAUUUUUCAUUUUUGCAUUAGAUUGGGAUAAUUGCUUGGAUUAAUUAUUAUUUAAAGCAUCAAUCUUAAAUUUGAUGAUUAAAGAUAUUCACUUCCUUGCUUUGGUAUCAGUCAUAUCUCAGUUUGCAACUAUAAAAUGAUUCAUUAAUGCUGGCAAAUAUAUAAAUAUGAAAGUAAGUUAUUUCCAAAAUAUAUCUGAACUCCAGAUUUAACUUUUUUUAAAUCCCCUAUAAAUUCUUAUCUUCUAAAAGGCAAAAAUACCUAUAUGAAAAAAUACUGACUGUAUUUGAUGUUUCUAGAUGAUGUAUUAUACUUUAUUUUAAACAUUCCACAUUGUAGAUUAUAGCACAAGUUCAAGAUUUUAAUCAGAUCAUGUCUUACAUUCUUUCUGAAUCUCAACAUUUGUCAUUAUCAUUCUUCAUUUUGUCUUUUGUUUAUUUUAAUGAAAAAACCAUGGCAACAUUGUUUUGAAAAUAUGAUGUUCUCAACUUGUUUCUUGCUCAGACCCAUUUGUUGUUAUUUGUCUUUGUUUUAUAGAUCCAUUUUAUUUUAAAGGCUAUUUCUUGAUUAAUCACAAAAUAAGCUAUUGGUAUUUCAUUGGCUACUCUUGAUCAUCCAAAAUAUGCUUUUGCCAAUUAGAAAUUAUUUGUUUUCUUUUUAUUUAACUGUACUAUUUUAAUUAGUAGUCAAGUUAUCCAUUAUUCAUUUUAACUACAAAAAAUCUAACCUUAUUCAAUGACAGGUUAUUUUGAAGUCCCAAAUAUCAACUUUACUUGUAAAAUACAUUGAUGUAUAUUUAGCUUUUAAUUUAGUUGCCAUUAGUUUUUUUUUGCAGAAAUAUGAAAAUCAUAUUGUGUCUAUCAUAUAUGUAUGGUUAAUAAACUAAUUUUCUCAUUACUCAAAUAUAUAAGAUUUCCAAAAAAGAUAAGAUUUAGUAGAGUUUAUUGCUGAUUUCAGGCCAUGUGUGUUUGUCAGUUAAAAUGACACUUUUAAGUACAAAAUGUUAUCCAAAGGGAAUACAGAAUGGCUUUUCAAGUAAAACAGCAUAAAAGUCACUAAAAUCAAUAACUAGUUUUACAUUUUAAAUACCUUUUAACAAAACUACUUCAUAAUAACAAUUUUGAAAAAGGCAUAUAUUUUGUAUUACCAUUGGAGAAGGGUAUUUGGGGUAUGAUGGUACGGUUAUAAAAGAAUUUAGUGUUUUAACAUGCUUUAUAUUUUUAAUUAAAAUGACUUAAUAAACUGAAAUAAAUUACUUUUAAGGGAAAGAAGAAUCAACUGUGAUGUUUGAAUCAUGAUAAAAUGUUCUUCCAUAUUGUCGUAAAAAUGAUAGCCUUAUAGCUGUAUGUAUAAAUAAGAAAAUUUGUAUCAGCAAAGUAAAGAAUGUUCCUGAAAUAAAUGUUGUAUUUAUCAAUUGCACGUAGUAAUUAUUAACAAUUAUUAAGUAUCUUAACUUUUUCUUGUUUAACUCAAUUUAAAUUUCUCCAAAGAACAAUACUUUAAACAACUUUCAUUGAGGUUCUACCAAAAUAUUUUGAGGUGCCUUAAAUGCCUUAGGUGUUAAGUUCCUGAAAACUGUGACCUUUAAACUUCCACUUUUUGUUAUUGAUGGGUUGUUGUGUCAUUGGCAAUUAUAUAAUGUUUUCUUGUUUUUUAAAGAAAAAAACCUUCAAGUUUUCAGAUGAAAUGAGUUGUAUAAAAAAAAUAUUUGGUAAUGGUGUCUCAUCCAUUUUACUUUUUUUUUAUCAUUCUGUUAAAAAAUAAUUGGUAUAAAGGCCUUAUCAGCCUAAUACUUUUAUAAAGCCUUUACUUUAAAUGGGGAGUAAAAUUUGUUAUUUAUAUAAUUUAUUUAUGUAAAAAAGACAUUUGUCCAUAAUGUGCAAUAACUUUGUUAAAUAUGAUUCAAUGUUAGUGAUGUCUAUUUACAAUGUAUUUUGUGUGUAUUUUUAGAAGGUUGGAAUUUUUUUUGCUAUAGAUAGCAUUUUUAGUGUAAAUAUUAGAGUAUAAUGUUAACAAGAUUUUUCAGAUUUGAAGUACUAAGUUUAAAACUACCAUUUGUGGUAAAUUUAUUUCUCAUAUUAUUAAUGUGUCAUGUUACAUUAUAUAAUUAAUUGUCAACCAAUUUUAAGGAAACUGUGAGAGAAAAAAAAAUCACUUUUCACAUUUUGUGUGAGUGUUAAAAGUUUGUUUACAAUUUGCACAUAUAAAAUUUGCAGUAAAGCUUAAUUGAUUUGCAAAUAUUGACUUAAAAACUGUAAAUCAGUUGGUUAAAUUUUUCAAAAGCAGUUAGUUUUGAUACUGAAAGACACUAAAAGUUCACAGUCACAACUUAUAUUACAGAGUUUAUAAAUGAAGGCACUCAUGUGAACACAUAUUAUAUUGUAUGAAAUUUUGACAUUGAUAAAAUAUCAGAAAUACUUGGCCAUUACUUUAAAGGUGGCAGAUUUUUAAAGCUGGUGUUUAUUUAAGAAUGGUUAUGCCAUAGAAGUUUGAUUGUUGCCAAACAAUUUUGUGAUGUUUAUUAAACUAAACUGUGAGUUUCUGUAUUUUACAUGCGAGUAAAAUAAUGACUUGUAUAUUUUAGUAAUUGCAUAUUCUGGUUAUAUGUAAUUAUUAAAAAUAUAAUCACUGUAACCUGGUGUUGCCAUUAUUUAAGGUAAUUUAUUAUUCCAUUCAGAUAUGAAAACUCACAGAUUUUAAUUCAGGGAGACUUGCAAUAAUAGCUGAUUUAUCAGAUAAAAAAAAGUAAGUUCAUUUGAGAUUCUUUCUAAACCUUCCUAGUGCUGAUUUAUCAAAUCUAGAACAAAUCUGUUCAUUGGAGAUUCUUAUAAAACCUUCCCAGUGCUGAAUUUAGGCAAUAAAACAUACAUUGAUGAUGAUGAUGAUGGAUGGCUGCUUAACGUCCAGCUGCAUAUUAAUAUGUGUGUAUUCAGGAUGAGAACAUGUUAAUGUAAUAUGAAUAUUUACCCUGCUUUGUACUAGACUGACACACGGAGCUGGAUUUUUUAACGUGCUAGCUCAUAAGGUAACAGUCCGUAGGAAGACAUGUCAUCUUCCCCAGACAAAACAUACAUUGAACCCAGGUAGAAACAUCUUGUCACUAUUGGAGGUGAUAUGAUAUGUUGUAUGUGAUAAUAUGACAAGUUUAAAAUGCUGGCCGGUCUCCUAAUUGCCUUUUUGGGUGGUUACUAGGUUUUUCAAAAGUACUACGUUAUUUUUGUAUGGUUUAUCGGAAGUUUUUUAUCAAUUUUCUAAAAAUCAUUUUCAAUUAAGAUGUUUCUUUUACCUGAAGGAUAAGAAACCAAUAAAUGAUAUAUACACAGGUCCACUCAUUUAAGAACACCUGCACCAUAAGCCAGAUCAGAACAUUUCAACUGUAUUAACCCUCUUAAUUAAGUGCAAAUUUUAUUGCAGAAUAAUAAACCUUUUAUAACAAGGACUGACCUUCUUGUCAUAGAACUGGACCUUAAGCUAACAAGUAAAAAAAAUCAAUCAAUUAAUUAAAUCCAAGGAAAAAGAAAAAAAAAUAUUUUCAAGUGAAAUAAAAAAGAAUGAUUUGUUUUAGUGAAUGUUUUUAUUGUGAAACAAAAAGACUGUUGGCUAAAUUUAUGCAUUAGAUUUGAUAUGAUAGUAUUGUGAAGGCACAUUUUUUUAUUACAAUGCAUUGCUGCCCCAUCAGAAAAAAACAUAAUAACAUAUUAACACUUGGGGGAACACAGACCUUAAGUGGAGAUACUAAGUUAGAAAGAUCUGGUAAAUCUGCUAUGUUUGGCAAAUGUUGAUAUUAACUAUUUUUUGUACUAUAGAAUAUCAGAUUUAUAGUUACAAAGGUUUAUACAAUCAGACUUUCUAUUUACCAAUAUUUUUAGACAAUGUAGAAUGAUGUACAUAUCUGAAUGUUGUUCUCCAUGUUAAUGUGCAGGGGUUAUGAUCUCUGGAUAAAAUGCUUCAGAAAACAUUGCCAAUAAAAAUAUUUAUAACAAA